AUGGCUGCGUCAUCAAAUCCCUUGACAAGUGGGUUUGGACCAGUAAUACCUCUGUGGUUGGAUGGCGAACAGAUUAAUACGAAUGUGACAUACGACGUUGUUUCGCCUUCCAAUGAACAAAAGAUCUACAAAUCAUCGUCGGCUUCAGUGGACGAUGCCCUGAGAGCUGUCAAAUCAUCGCAAGCGGCGUUUGAAACAUGGGCGCAAGUCAAACCUAAUGAGAGGAGAGACAUUCUUCUUCGGGCUGCCGAUAUCCUGCUUCGGAGAAAGGAAGAAAUGCGCAGCAUCUCCAAACAAGAGACUGGCGAGGUCGACUCCAUGUUCGAUUUUGAAUUCAACCUGGGCGUACAGGCUUGUAAGUCUGUUGCAGGCUUGAUCACAGCUGUGCGAGGCGCUGUGCCCACUAUGACUGACGAAGGGCGGUCUGCCAUGAUACUUCGAGAGCCUUAUGGUGUAGUUCUCUCGAUCGCUCCCUGGAAUGCUCCAUAUGCACUGGGACUUCGCGCGUGUCUUGCUCCGCUAGCCAUGGGAAACACCGUUGUUUUGAAGGGAUCGGAAUUUAGCCCCGGUGUAUAUUGGGCAAUUGCCUCUGUUUUACAUGAAGCGGGUCUUCCCAAGGGAUGUCUAAAUACCAUCAUCCACCGUCAACAAGACGCUGCAGAGGUGACCUCGGCUCUCAUCGCUUCGCCAUCUAUCCGAAAAGUGACAUUCACGGGGAGUGCGAUUGUCGGCGGCAUUAUCGCAAGCCAGGCAGCUAAACUUUUAAAGCCCACUCUUAUGGAGCUUGGAGGGAAAGCCCCGACUAUUGUAUGUGAAGAUGCUAAUCUGCAAGACGCGGCCUUGGGCGCUGCCCUUGGCUCAUUCCUUCACUCGGGCCAAAUAUGCAUGUGCACAGAACGCGUUAUUGUCCAUGCUGCAGUGGCCGAUAAAUUCAAGGAGAUAUUCAAGGAAACCAUUGACCAAGUCUUUGGCGACCCUGAAGGAAUGAUGCUAGUCAAUGCAGCUCCUGUGCUCAAAAACAAAAGUCUAGUUUCUGAUGCAAUUUCGAAGGGUGCCAAACUUUUUCAUGGCAAUACAGAGCAGAAAGCAUCAGUCCAAAGUGCGAUGCAUCCGAUAGUAGUGGAAGACGUGAAAGAAGGGAUGACAAUCUAUCACACCGAGUCAUUCGGGCCCACGGUGUCACUCUUCACAGUUGAAAGCGAUGAUGACGCAAUAAGACUCGCAAAUGAUACAGAGUAUGGGCUGACAGCCUCCAUCUUCACGGAGGACCUCAGACGAGGUCUUCAAAUCGCAAAGAAAAUUCAAAGUGGAGCGGUGCAUAUUAACAGCAUGAGCGUGCAUGACGAAAGCACUUUACCUCAUGGGGGUCACAAGAGUAGUGGAUAUGGUCGAUUCAAUGGUGUGGAAGGGCUUGAAGAAUGGGUACAGACAAAGACGGUCACUUGGAAGGACUAG